CCAGCGUGAGAAAUUUUGCCGUGUCUGCUUUUUUUCAAUUUUGGGGGGGUUCAGAGUAGGGAAGUUAUCUACGGAAGCCAGUUGAAAUGCCUUCAACAAAUGAGAUCUGAUGCACCUCGUACCGAACCUUUCGUCAAAGCAGACCCAGGAAAAAGAUGAGAUAAAAAGAUUCUGUUUAGCUAGGUCGUGCUGAAGUAGAUCCAAUCAUUCGCUGGCUAGUGUACCAUAGGUCAAGAGUUGAAUCAGAUAGAUUGUACCAGUUUCAUAAUUCAGAAAAGAAGAAGAAACAACAACGGCUGAGGAAUAAUGAAGAGCGCAACGACAACCGCGACGACCAUUCGUCCCAAGGCAUCGCCUUCUUCUUGGGAAAGCACCAACUCAAAAGAAAAGGCUCCAAGCCUGACGCUGAAGGAUACAAAGGUCGCAAAUGAUGAGGCAACUCCUCCUACUAAGGUCACUACAUCCGGCAAGACGGGAGGAUUCUACGAUCAGCAGACUCUAUGGGAACAAGAACUCCACCGCUAUCAUCCCUCCUUUUGGACAUUGGUACGAGUGAUAAGUCUCAUUGGGUUUCCCUACUUGAUGAGUGCCAUUGGAUCCUUCUUUUGGCCUCUGGUUGUGGAAUUUGCCGAAGCCAACGGACUCAAAGUGGCCCGGGUAGCUCAGGCAGCCAUUGCUUUGGUCGGCGGGUUGGCGUUUGUCGCACACAAUGCAUUCUUUGCGGCCAUCUACUACUUUAACAUUCCAUCCUUUGACCAAUAUCGAGUGGAUGACAAGCCGUGGCAUUGGGAUAUGCUAGGUGUCAGUGGAUGGCGAGAAAUGCUACGCAACACCAUCCUACAGAUCCUGUUUAAUUUUAUCGUUGUCAACGCUCCCGUCAUGUACUUGAUCUCACGCCGCUGGGGUGGACUCCCCUUUCGCAUGGACGCCACCAGCAUUCCAUCGGGCGGAGAAAUCUUUUGGCAACUCUUGUUUUGCACCGUCAUUGAAGACUUUUGCUUUCACCAUUCCCAUCAACUGUUACACACCAAACAACUCUACUGGAUUCACAAGGUGCAUCAUCGAUACCACGCUCCCAUUUCCAUUGCGGCCGUAUACGCACACCCCCUUGAAACGGUCUUUGGCAAUAUCUUUCCCUUUGUCUCGGGUCCCUUUUUGUUGCAGUAUCGCAUGCACGGAUGGGCCUUUUGCAUUUGGAGCAUUUUUCGACUGGCGGCAUCUCUGGAAAAUCAUUCGGGCUAUGAGUUCCCGUGGUCCAUGUUCCAGGCCAUUCCCUUCAAGGCACCCACCGAAUAUCACGACUUUCAUCACAAUCGCAAUCAAGGAACGUAUUCCGGCGUGCUACGAUUCUGGGAUUGUGUGUACGGUACCAAUAAGCACUAUUUUGAAUGGGUCCGUGCCGGACGUCCGGAUACAUUCAAGACCCAAAAGUUCAAAGAACAAAAGCAAAAGUAAGACAGCAAUCUUCAUUACAGAACGUAGUACCGUACCUAUAGAUACCGGUAGAUUGGGCCACUCCGUCAAAGAAGCCCGAUGUAACACAAUCUCUUUUUUUGCAAUGGCAAGCAUGAUGAGGCCAGUCGAAUAAAACAAAAAGUAUUUCUUUAGAAGACAAACAUCUACAAA